AUGGCGUUGCCGCGCGUUGCAUUGAGCGAGGCCAACGACGACGCGGGUGCUCGUUCGUCGGCUCCCGCUUGCCUUUCUCAGGCCUUUCUAAGUUCCUGGAGAUCUUAUUCCAAACUAAUUUUGAGUUUGCAAACAGUUAAGAAACAUAACGGAAGUUUAAGUCGCAGAAUAGAGAGCAUCCCGAAAAAUCACACAGGAAUUGGCGUGAAGAUAUUGAGGCUUCAUUUACAUGAUGAGAACACUUGCUUUCCUCAUAUCGACAGGUGGCUCAAGUUUGCUGUUACACCAGGGAUUGAAGAGCUGACUCUUGUGACUCCAUUCAUAUAUAGAAAGUACAGCUUCCCAUGCUCAGUUUUAUCUGUGGGGGUUAGAAACUCAAUCCGGUCUCUUCAUCUUGACACUUGUGUCUUCCGCGCCACGGCUGAUCUUGGCCUCUUUAGAAGCCUAACAAGUUUGCGUCUGCAUUCUGUGAGUAUCACGGGGGAUGAAUUAGAGUGCCUUCUUUCCAACUCCCUUGCUUUGGAGCGCUUGGACCUCAAGGAUUGCAGAGAGAUAGUUUCCCUGAAGAUACCUUCCGUGCUGCAGCGGAUUGAAGAGCUCAACCUUCACCUGCCUAAGCACAACUUGACAUGCUCAGUUUUAUCUGUGGGGGUUAGAAACUCAAUCCGUUCUCUUCAACUUGACACUUGUGUCUUCCGUCCUACGGCUGAACUUGGACCCUUGAGAAGCUUAACAAGUUUGCGUCUGUGUUCUGUGUGUAUCACGGGGGGUGAAUUAGAGUGCCUUCUUUCCAACUCCCUUGCUUUGGAGCGCUUGGACCUCGAGGAUUGCAGAGAGAUAGUUUCCCUGAAGAUACCUUCCGUGCUGCAGCGGCUUAGCUACCUGUUGGUUGAUGGAUGUUAUGCUAUGCAAAUUAUAGAGAACAAAGCUCCAAGUAUCUCCAAUUUUACCCUUUUUGGAAGACUUAUAAAACUCUUGCUUGGAGAAGCAUCGCAAACGAUCAAGCUCUUGAACUUGUUUGCUGCUACUGCUGCCGGUUAUGCUCGUGCUAAGCUUCUGUCCAUUAUGCCAAAUCUUGAGACUCUUUCUUUAAGUUCGAGCCAUGAGGAGAAUACACCAAUGCUGCCCUCCAAAUUCGUCAACCUCAAGUACCUGAACAUUCAGAUUACUUCAUCGACCUUGUCCCCAUCCUACGUUUAUUCUUCUUUGAUUUCUUUCUUGGAUGCAUCUCCUUCCUUGGAGACAUGGUGGCUGGAGGUACCUUUGGCAGAUAUGGGGCAUGAAUUGGUAGGUUCUUCAGAUCUGAGGGAGCUACCAGAACGGCGUCACGACCACCUCAAGAGUAUGGAGAUCUCAGGAUUCCACUCUACAAAGAGCUUGGUUGAGCUAACAUGUUGCAUUGUCAAGAGCGCAGUCUCACUCGAGAGCCUUACAUUGGAUACCAUUCGUGGCGCUCCAUGUUGCUUUGAUGGUCUUGGCUUGCCCUAUAGCAAGUUUAUGGUCGAGCAAGCUUCUAGAGCAGUGCACUGGUGGCUAUAA